CGCACGUCAGCGGCGCGCGCCGGCCGUGGCGGCCCCCGCGCUGAGACUCGGCCGCCAUGACCUCCGCGCUGGAGAACUACAUCAACCGUACUGUUGCAGUAAUUACUUCUGAUGGAAGAAUGAUUGUGGGAACACUCAAAGGUUUUGAUCAGACCAUAAACUUGAUUCUGGAUGAAAGCCAUGAACGAGUGUUCAGUUCUUCACAAGGAGUUGAGCAAGUAGUGCUGGGCUUAUACAUUGUAAGAGGUGAUAAUGUUGCUGUGAUUGGUGAAAUUGAUGAAGAGACAGAUUCAGCUCUUGACUUAGGGAAUAUUCGAGCAGAACCUUUAAACUCAGUUGUGCACUGAAAAGAUGAAAAUGCACAGGGACUUUGUAAAUCUUUGGUUGUACAGACCUAUUUCGCAAUGUGGACAGUUUCUACAAAUUGUGUUUAAUUUGUUUAGUCACCAUUUUUUUAUUAUGAAUAUGGUGUAGUUUUGCAUGUAAAUUAAAGUUUCUACAUUUUGCUAAAGAUAAUUUCAUUGAAUUUCUUUUGGGAUUUCAUGCUGCGUAAUUUCACUGGGAAAUGCAAUCAGUAUCAAUGAUGGUCCUGAUACUGUGUUUGUAUACCUUGUUCUUAAAAUAAGAUCUCAUUCCUAAAGGUAAACCAAGGUUUUUCAUGUUAACCCAGGAUUAUUUGAAGGUGGAUGUGUAACAGUCAAUUUAACCAUCUCUAAAUGUAGUUGUGGCUGUAAGUAGAAAAUUGUUCUUUGUAGUUUUUUUGUGUAUGUGUGUAGUGUAGAAAGAAAGAACGUUAAAAGCUUUCACAGUCAAAUUAGUGACUUGUGCACAUAAUACUUUUUUUUUGUCAUGUCAGACUUUGUUGUUCCCCAAGACUAUACUGGAAGUGUGGGAGUUUGUAAUGCCUUGAUCUUUGCAGACAAAUUAGAGAAACAGACUUCUGAGCAGGAACAAAAAACUCAAAUGCAUGCAUUUAUUUGGAACCCGUUAAAUUCUAGACCAACUCAUUCUCUAUCUUCACCUUUCAGCAGUUGUGUUGCUCAAAAUUUGGGUAAGAUUUACAGAAUGAGAAUUCUGUGUUUGCUAAUGUGUAACCGUUGUCUUAGAAUGUAGUUUAGAAGACACAGAAGUACUUUAGGUAGGUAAAGGUAGGUAAAUUAUUUAUUUUGAAAGCAAUCUGCCUUAAUAUUGAAUAUAAGAAUUCCAUGUAACAAUGAUCACUUAUAGACCUCUUAUACAUCAGCCACAGCCAAGCUAAGUGGGACAAGCUCUGUGCAGCAUAGUAUGUUUGAGGCCACAUCAGCAUGAAGAAGUCUACUCUUGACCAAAGCUGUUUUUGUUAUUCUCUGAUGUCCCACGGGUCCAGUAUUUUUCCCUGUAUAUAAAUGUGCUGUCAAAGAAAAAAGGAAUUUUAACGUGCAUAUUAGGGGGUUUUAUACUGAUUUUAAUACUAAGUGGGAUUUGGUACUUUCCAAUUGCAAGUUCACUGUUUUGAAACCAAAUACAUUGAAGUGAAAAUACUU